AUGCAAUUUUUGAUUAGGAGAAGUAAAAGCGUAAAUGAAAUAAUUUUUUCUAUUGCUGAAGCGACCGAGCCGAUCACUUACUUCUUUGCUGUAACUUAUGAGGAGGACAUAGUGAUGUCGAAUAUUGAUGAUGGCGAUAACGAUGAUGAUGAUGAUGACGAUGAUGUUGAUGAUGAUGGUGGCGAUGAACGUUGCAUGCCGGUCGCUGCAAUAUUCAGGUUGCUGAUCGAUGGUAGGACAGCAGGAACCGAAUGGAUAGGACAAGCAACGGCACCAGCAGCAGCAGCAGCAGCUGAACUCCGAAUGAUUAUUAACGAACGGUUUGGCAACGGUAAUAGCGUUGUGUAUACUAAUUUUCAAAGGUUUACUCACCGUUACGUAUGUAUAUACAGUCGACUGCUUGUCGUUUGGUGA